GCUUGUGGACUUCUGUAUUAUUUAGUAAUUAAUUAUAUCUAACGCGAGUUCCUAGUUGUUAGUUAGUUAAACUGUGAUGAUAUUAUUAUAAUUUAUUAUUUAAAUUUUAUUGUAUUUGUCAAGUUCGCGAAUUAACAGACGUCAAAAUCGAUUGGAUUCAUCACAGUAAAUCGUAACUUGCGUCAGAUUACCCACCGGUUUUGGUUGUCUUUGCCCCAUGAAAUCUGUUCGUUUGUUGCGAGUCUAACUGGUGGUCGCUGUGGCACCUACUUAUAGCUGUGUCCUUUUACGAUCUCUCAUCUCUCACAGAAGUCACAAGCCACAUUAUGUCGGACACAGAUUCCAUCAAGACCGAUAAAUCACAAUCAGAUUUGCAGCAAAAGUAUGAUAAAUUGGCCAUGGAGUUUGCCAAAGCCAGAAUGCAAUUGAAUGUAUUAAAAAAAGCUUAUACUGCAAAAACUUCUAAAUUGGAUCAUAGAAGUAUUGAAUCUCUGGACCAAUUUGAAAGCUGUAAAUAUGAUACAAUGUCUACGAGUAGCUUGGAAAUUCAAGAGAAUUUUAACAAAACAAAUCAAGGAAAAGGAACAGAUGAAUUGAAAUCUAAAGAUAUCCAGUUUUUAAGACAAGAUAUUAACUCAGUGCACCAAUUUAUACGACGUGUAUUAGACUCUACUAAUUCAAAUCAACUUGAUUACAACCUUAUUAUGUCAGAAAUUGAGUACUGUAAAGGCAUACAUAAUAGUAUUUCAAAUAAUUUUUGUGAAGUAAUUAAUGAGGAAUUGGCAUCAUUAAAAUGUUCUGUUGCUGAUUGCUUGUACAACAUAUUAUAUAAUAAACUUGAAUCUAGAACUAAAAUAAAUGCUGAAAAUUCUCACCUCACUUAUCCUCAACAUUAUUCUCUGGAUAAUAACUAUAAAUCUGAUGAAGACAGAUUACAAAAAGUUUUUAUUACAUUGGUUCUCCAUUUUUUUCUGUCUUUCAUUAUACAUUUUAAUGAUGUCUUAGAAGAGUUGCUCAAAGAUAUUAACCUAAAAGAUGCUUCAAUUGUUUUACAAAGAAGUUUAAAAUCAUUAACAAAUAAAUUAAAUAGUAAUUCUUUGAUAUUGGAAAAAAUUUUAACUUACAGUGCUGAUCUAAAAACAUUUAAAUUUGAUUCUCAACACAUUGUUAUGGAAAAUAUUUUGCUAUUCAUAUCAAAUAAAUAUGUUGAAUGUGUUAAUUCUAUUGAAGAUAUCAUAAAAUCAGAUAAUACUGUUAACUUUGAUUGUUCAUCUUUACGUCAAAACAUAAUAUCAUUUAUGGCAUUAAAGUUUCCUAUUGGAGAGUUAGUUAGCUCCAGCGAGUAUUUGGAUUCAACCAAUAUAAACAAGAAAUUGGAUGGUGCUUAUGAUAUAGUACAUACUUUGUUACGUGCCAUCAAUUUAUUGGAAUUUGAAUAUUUGUAUAAAUUUAGCCAAAUUGAUAUGCAUUGGCAUAUGAGAAAUCCACUAUUACACAUAAAAUAUUCAAAACAAGCUAAAGAAGAAUUAAAUUCACCUUUAAUUUCUCAAAAUAGCUAUAAAAGUAUAAUUCAAGUUUAUAAUGAAAAAUUAAAUGAAGAGAUGAACAGGUCAUUAUCGUUAGAACAAGAAAAAAUCCACUGGGAAAAUGAGUAUAAACUUUUAUGUAAAAAAAAGGAAAAUAUACCAUUUGACAAUAAAAACAAAUAUUCUGCAUCUUUGGAGCCAUUAGUAGUGGAAAAUGAAUUGGGAAAAUGCGAAUCGGUUUUACAGUUUAAUGACGAAGUAAUGGCUAGAGAAAAAGAACUUAAAUGUUAUUUUGAAAAAAAAAUCAACAAUUUAAUUUCAAUAAAUAAAGAAUUAUCCAGUCAAAGCAAUGCUUAUGCUAUGGAGAUCACUGCAUUGAAAACGCGACUGGACCAUAGCAUAUUUGUGCGUAAUGAUCUAGAAAUAAAGUUACACGAGGCAUUGGAGCACAUCGAUGAUCUAAAAGAGGAAUUUCACUUGACAUCUACAAAUUAUGAGACUCAACUCAGAGCAAUGACUGAACAUUUGGCUAGUUUAAACGAGACGGUUGUGUUAGAGCGACGACAUAUAGAUGAUCUUAAUAGCCAAUUGAAAAUGAAAGCAAGUAAAAAGAAGUCUUCCAAAUGAAUAUCAUCAGUAUUAAGUAUAAUAUGUAUAUUGAAUAUUUUAUUUUAUA